AAAUACCAUGACAUCAAAAUGGCUUCAAAAUGAUUAUUAUGAGUCACUUAAUUUCCAGUCAGUCACGAUUUAUUUCGACGUCAUUCUAACAUCUCUGACGUUAUAUUAUCAUGAUCCGUCGUUCUGUCUCUGCUCGAGUCUGCGCGACGUGACGCAACGUUACGAAACGGCGCGUCGCGAUUACGUCACAGUGCGUCACGGCGCUUUGCCGGGGUGCUGUGGCCUUUAGGCUUUUAGCGUAUCAAAGCCCAUGCGAAGGCAAUAGUAGGGAUCGAGGGUAGAAUCAGUUUGGCGCGGACAAUGCGAGAACGCCGCGGCACUCGAACGGUUGCCGUCGUCGCCGCUGUCGAUCACAGGAAGUCAGUUUCGUAGAUCGCGGCCUCCCAUGGUGGCAAUCACCACGUGUCACGCCGCCGCCGCGACGGCCCUCAGGCCCCUCAGGGCCGUCAUCCUGGGCGCGCCGGCAUCUGGCAAGGGCACCGUCUCCUUCAGAAUCGUUCAGCAGUUCGGCGUCGCGCACAUCUCCAGCGGCGACAAGCUGCGUUUUCACGUGUCUGCCGGCACUGAUCUAGGCAAGGAGGUAAAGAAGUACAUGGACAGCGGUAGCUUCGUCCCAGACGACACGAUGAUAUCGCUUAUCGGGCAUGAGAUCGGAUCGAUGGCGGAUCGAAAUUGGCUGUUGGACGGAUUCCCGAGGACGUUGACGCAGGCGGAGCGAUUGCAGAGGCUACAUCCAAUCAAUCUCGUGCUGAAUCUCGUGGUGCCUACCAACGUCAUUCUAGACCGAGUCAAGAACAGAUGGGUUCAUGUGCCCAGUGGUAGGGUCUACAACAUCGGCUUCAACGAUCCACGAGUGUCGGGCAAGGACGAUGUAACAGGUGAGCCAUUAUGUCAGAGAGAAGAUGACAAACCAGAAGUCGUGCAAAAGAGACUGCAGGAUUACGCGACGAAAACCGAGCCAGUCUUGCAGUUUUAUCGCGAGAUUGGAAUAGUGAGGGAAUUUCACGGCAACACUACCAAUGAAAUGUGGCCGGCAAUCAGGAAUUGCGUGACACAAUACUGUUGCACUUCAGAAAGAUCAAAUAUUUAAAUAACUUCAAAUGUCGGAUAAUUGUCGCGCAGACGGUUCUGAUUUUCAAAUAUCUAUAGAUCUGUUCGAAAAUUUUUCUUUUUCAAUAGAUAUAUCUCUAAAAGAAACAGAUUUUUGGACAUUAAAUCCAUGUCUAAUUCUUACAUCUUAUCUGCCUAAAAAUUAAAUUGAAUUAAAUAGAUAUAGAUCUCAUUAGAUUAGAUAAUGUGCGCCUAAAAAUAUUCUCGUAUUCAUUAUUUAAGUACGAAAAUGAACAAGUAGGUCUAUUUGAGACCUGUAAUUUGCUCAUCCCACACGAUUUCGAGUAACAAAUGGAGAUAUACGCUCUUGUCCGACAAUUGUUUCUUUAUCUUGCGACAAUAAAGAGAAUGUGUACUACAGCGCAAUUCGCGCUCUCUUACGCACGCAGGAACGCACACAAGCAUGAAUGUCAUUAAGUUGUAAAUACGUGCGAUAUCGUGUCGACAAUAAUAGACUCUCGUAGAUGUUCCCGAUACGGAAUGCCUAUGUGAUACAACGAGAAUUCACGGUAACUAAAGACACUGAACCGAAGACGAGUUAUCUCUUGUUUCCGCGAAGCACUUGCAUGACGAGCUGUUGAUUAUUACAGCUGUUUGGCUAAAGUCCGAAAUAUAGUACAAAUUACAAAGUAGGAAUGAUCGUUCGAAUGAGCGAUGAUACAUUUCUGGAAUGGCGUAAUCGUCACACACUUGUUCUUAUUUUAUUUCGAGCGUAUAGCGUUACAGUUGUAAGAGAUAUAUAUAACAAUGUUCAAUAUAUUGUGUACAUAUUCAACAGUAUAAGUACAAUAUACGCAUAUACAUAUGCAUAUACACGUAUACAUACAUAUACAGUGUGAGGCAUCUAAAAAAAGUGUACAUCUAAAUGAUUCUUUAAUAGUCCUCUUUUUCACUUUACUCUUGUUUUUCUAUUUUUAAAUCUACCUUACACUUUAGAGAGAAUAUUCUAGGUUUAUUUGUCAUCGAUCAAACACCUUGUACGUUAUCUUACUUCUUUAAAACGCUCGAAUAAUCUUGAAGCGCGAAAUAAAUGCUUCACUCUAAUCUAUUCUCUAAAAUUUAUUCUACUCUAUUUUAUUAUGAAUCUAGUAUCUUUGAAAAAAUAUCGUUAAAGACGAAGUAAUUUAGCUCGUAGGAAUAACAAGGAAAAAGAUUCGUUUAAGGUCAUAGUUUUUAACAUUUCAAAAAUUUCGCUUUUUUUACAUAGAUAUUCUU